UGGGGGAUGACGGGGAGGGGUCGGCGUCACGACGCCCCAGGACGUCCCCAGCGCCGGCCCCCACCACGCCGACCACUAUAAGUACGAGAACCCCGCCAGGGCCGUGAACAUUCGAUGCCACCACCAGGACCCACCAUGAACGCCAGACUUGUGCUACUGCUCGUAGCGCUGGCGGCGGCCUGCCUGCAGGCGCAGCCCGUCGGUGACAAGGAGAACGGGGAGAUGUCCGGGUCCGGCAGCUCGUGCGUCUGCGAGGAGGCCGAGAUGGUCGUCGGGGACACCCUCCGCAAGAUGACCGAGUGCUCCUGCGAGUCCGACGAGGCGGCCGACGACAGCGCCGCCACCGACGCCCCGACCGCCGCGCCCGCCGAGAGCCGACGCCGUCGCCAGGUCGACCCGACCAGCGACUCGAGCGAGUCCGACGACUCUGCGUCCGACGACGACGACGACCGCAGGAAGAGAUCCCCGGACGACUCGUCUUCGUCGUCAGAUUCAGAUUCCUCCGACUCCUCCGACUCUAGCAGCGAGGAGGACAAGAAGCAGAAGAAGGCAGACGACGAGAAAACGAAGCGGCAAACUGAGGACGAGAAGGACGACAGUAAGGAAAAGCGGGAAACAGAUGAGGAGGAGAAGAAAGACGACGAGAAGAUGAAGCGACAAGCUGAGGACGAGAAGACAGACGACGAGAAGAUGAAGCGACAAGCUGAGGACGAGAAGACAGACGACGAGAAGAUGAAGCGACAAGCUGAGGACGAGAAGACAGACGACAAGGAAAAGCGCGAAACUGAGGGGGAGGAGAAGAAAGGCGACGAAGUGGAGAAGCGCGAAACUGACGAGAAUCAGGGGUCGAGGAUGCGAAGGGCAACAGACGAGAAGGAGAAGGACGCCAAGAAGCCCAAGGACGACGACAUGGAGAGGGUGAGGAGAGAUGCCGAGGAAGGCGACAAGCCCAAGGAAGAAGGCGACAGAAUGAGAAGGCAGACGGAAGAGGCACCAAACGCCCCCGCCGCCACUGACGCUGCGGCCGACGCCAACAACACGCAGACACUGUACUUGAUCAAGACAGUGACCUACGAAGUCGGCGUUCUAGACAACCCCACUGACGACAGCAACUCUUCCCUGAUCGUUGCCACGCCGAGCCCAGUCUCGGAGAAGGAGGUCGUGACCAUCUACUACGACACGCCUGCCAACGCCUCGACGGAGUCCACGCCCGUGGCUGCACCGGUUGCAGCUGCCGCGUAACGCCUCGACUCAAUUUCCACUUUUCAAAUGCUUUCCCCGCGAGGAAAGGACAGCCGGAGGGACCAGCGGGCAGGGAGUGCCACCCUCGCGCGUAAUGACUCACUCCCGAUUCUGUGAUGAUUUUAGACUGUGCAUAUACUGUAAAUAAAUACGAUUUCUCUCA